UAGUGCUGCAGUGAGGCGGCGAGAGCUCCACUUGCAGUCUGGUCUCUGGCAGCGUUAAGCGUGCGAGUGAGCGAGAAAGCGAGAGAGAGAGAGCGAGAGAGGGAGCGAGCGCUCGCUACUCCUAUACUAACAGGGAGCUGUCCAUCACCUGAACCUCCUGAAAAUGAUCCUCAACCUGCUCUGUUUCCUGGGAUUGCUCAUAUGCGGCAGUCAAGCACUUCAAGUGACGAUUACACUGAACAAAGUGGAACUGAGCGUUGGGGAGUCAAAAUUCUUCACAUGCACAGCCAUCGGAGACGCCGUCAGUAUAGACUGGUAUAGUCCCCAAGGAGACAUGAUUGUCUCAUCACCGCGUGUGGUGGUGCAGAAUGAAGGAAUCCGCUCCCGACUCACCAUUUACAACGCCAACGUGGACGACGCCGGGAUAUAUCGGUGCCAAGUCACGGAUGCCAAAGGACAGACCCAGGAAGCCACCGUGGUGGUGGAGGUUUACCAGAAGCUCACAUUUCAGAAUGUCAAGUCACCCCAGGAGUUCCGCCAGGGAGACAAUGCAGAGGUCGUCUGCAACGUGACAAGUUCCCCGGUGCCCAUCGUCACCUGGUUGUACAACAGCAUGGAUAUCAACAUGAUGGGAGAAAGUCGCUAUGCAGUCCUUGCAAAUAAUAAUCUGCAGAUACUAAAUGUGGGCAAAACUGAUGAAGGAGUUUAUCGAUGUGAGGCCAGAGUGGAAGCCAGAGGGGAGAUCGACUUCAGAGACAUCGCUGUGAUUGUCAAUGUGCCUCCAAUUCUGUCCGUGGCUCAGAGGUCCUUCAAUGCGACAGCAGAGCGGCAGGAGACGGUGACGUUCGUUUGCAGGGCCACAGGUUACCCUGAACCUGCCAUCACCUGGUACAGGAAUGGCAGACUUAUUGAAGAGUCAGACCAGUAUCUGAUGAGAGAGAGGAGUACCGAGCUCACUGUCCGAAAUAUCAAGAAAGAUGAUGGAGGCUCCUAUUUCUGCAAGGCCACAAAUAAAGCUGGAGUGGACCAAAGCGAGCUGCUUCUGAAGGUGUUUGUUCAACCUCAUAUAACCGUUUUGAACAAUGAGACGGCAGUGGAAGGAAGCCAGGCCAAAAUCUCCUGCAUGGCAGAAGGGGACCCCAUUCCAGAGAUAUCGUGGAGGAGAGCGAGUGACGGACAGACGUUUUCAGUGGGUGAAAAGAGUCCCGAUAGUCGAAUCGAGGUACAAGGACACAGCGGGAAAUCCACGCUGAUCAUCUCGAGGGUGAUGCUUGCUGACUGGGGGCGAUACGACUGCGAGGCUGUCAGCAGUAUUGGCGGACACCAGAAGAGCAUAUUUCUGGAAGUUGAAUAUGCCCCCAAGUUCCAGUCCAAUCACACGCUGUACUACUCCUGGGAAGGAAAUCCCGUGAACAUGAGCUGUGACGUCAUCUCCAAUCCCCCAGCCACCAUCCAAUGGCAGCGAGACAAAAUGAAUUUACUGACGGAGUACAACAUGAGGAUUUACAACACCACUGGCCGGGCUCUCCUGGAAGUAACCCCAUUUUCGGAUAAGGAUUUUGAUAAAUACAGCUGUACAGCAAGAAACAGGAUAGGGAUGAGAUCCUUGGAAUUUACCUUGGCACUGGCUGAUGUGCCCUCCAACCCCUACGCUGUAAGGUUAAGCUCAGUACUCCAGACGGUAGCAGUGGUCUCCUUCACCAAACCUGACUCGCAUGGCGGGGUCCCUAUCAGUCACUACCAGGUUGAUUUCAAGGAGAGCACUGUAGACGACUGGAAAGCUGUGCGCUCCCAUGGCAUUCAAACAAUGGUUUCUUUAAGUAACUUGGAGCCAAACACGACGUAUGACGUGAGAGUUGCAGCUGUCAAUGGCAAAGGGCGUGGAGAAUACAGCAAAACAGAACACUUCCAGACCCUCCCAGUUCGAGAACCCAGCCCACCAUCAGUACAUGGCCAGACAUUAACGGGCAAGUCGUUCAGACUCAGCAUUAUUAAGCAAGAUGAUGGAGGAGCACCAAUACUGGAGUAUAUCAUCAAAUACAAAAGUAGAGACAAAGAAGACCAAUGGGUACUACAAAGCAUUCAUGGCUCUAAGGAUCACAUCACACUGCAUCAGCUGCAGUGGAACACGGACUACGACGUGGAGAUAACAGCCGUGAAUAAGCUGGGCCCAUCUGAACCGACCAUGUAUCAGUUUACUAUGCCACAAAAGCCCGAUAUUACUGACACCUUGUUUAGCAGCCUGGGUCUUGGAGCCACUGUGGGGCUGGGCGUCGCAGCACUUCUCCUCAUCCUCGUAGCUGUGGAUGUCAGCUGUUUCUUCCUGAAGCAAUGUGGCCUUUUGAUGUGCAUAACGAGAAGAAUCUGCGGAAAGAAGACGGCUACAAGCGGGAAAAGCAAAGACUUGGAAGAAGGGAAAGCCGCUUAUCUGAAGGAUGGGUCGAAGGAGCCCAUUGUUGAGAUGCGGCCGGAAGAGGAGAGAAUAACUAACCCUGACGAUGGGAGCCCCGUAAAUGAACCGAAUGAGACCACUCCACUUACGGAGCCUGAGAAGCUGCCGCUGAAAGAGGAAAACGGAAAAGAGGUCUUGAAGCCAGAAUCCAUUGAGGUCAAGGUUCAUAGUGACAACAGCAUCCAGACAAAGGAAGACAACUGCAAAGCAUAAUGGAAAAUCCACAGUAAUACCAGAACAUUCAUAGCAAGCUACCCCGUGACCAAAACCAAGAGUGGGAAAGAGAGAAAAGAAAAAAAAAUUCUAAAUUAUACAAGACGUGAACUCGGAAAUAGGGCAACUAAGCCAAUGUGUAAAUAUAUAUGGAGAAAGACCACUAAGUAUAAUUUUAUGUUAAUAGCUAAUCCUGUGGAGAUGCUUCAGGUCUGCAGUGGCAGCUGUACAGAAAAGGUUUUUAAGCCCUGACCGUCUGCUUUUGUAUUUUUACUUCUUCUUUACGACACACAAGCAUACUGACUCCCAGUUGAUUCAGAAGGUGGUCUGCUCGAGCUACAUAUUCCCAGCCGUAUUUCAUAGCUCCCUUUUAAAAACCAGUACACCCAUUGCAUUUUAAUUAGUGAUUGAAAGGCUCAUCUUUUUUAUUUUUUGGAAAGUGUGAGAAGACACUUGAUUUUCCUGUUUUUAAGUUUUACUGUGUGCCCAUGGCUUUAAAAAAAAAUGGAGAUAAGCAAAAAUGGGACUCAUCCACUUCCCGAUUCGUUUGGAAACGUGAAUGUUGGAAAGGUGUAUGGUUGUAAAAUUUUGGCUUAGUGGUACUAUUUAUUUUCAGUGUGCAAUGGGGCAGCGUGCAUUCACUUUCUCACGCAUGACGCCUCCUUGAUGUUUGGUUGAGUGUCACCUGCACCUUUACAUUAGGGGUAUAAACCUUACGAAACAGAUUCAUUUCCACUUGUCCAAUAUUUCACUCAAUUUGUCUAUUUCGGGUAGUGGCAUUGAACUGAUCCGUGUUACACUAUGCCAGCGUUACCUGGAGCUGGCAGCAGCAGCAGCAGCAUCCCCAACAGAUCUUGCAGAACAGUGAUGCGUAUGACGAGCUGUACGCCAUACAGGCCCAGCGUUUCUUCACGGCAUUACUUGACAAGGCACGCAAGUGGUGUCGCAAUUAUAUGGUUUACACGUGUCACAUUGUUGGUAGGGGGAAACUCUUCAUUUUUAAGAGACGCAACGUGAAAUCUACAGGAAUCUUGUUUCAGUCGAAAAAAAGCGCUUGGCUUUCCGAAAAUGGCACUUUUGCUUUGCCAAGGAAUGCUUUGGAAGAGAUCCAGCAAUACAAAUCUAUGGAUACCCCAGCAAGCCCCCCUUUGAGGGGGGGGGACAAAAAAAAAAAAAAAAAGAACUGCAUGACUGUCCUACUUUGUUUGUUGGUUGUACUGCAUUGCAUUUCUGUGACGAAUGACCCUUUUACACAGUACAAAAUGGGGGCACUUUACUAAUCAUCUAACAUUGUAGUACCACGUUUGUGUCCACCCUAGUGUGACGAAAUGUCAUUUAAAUAAAAAAAAAGUUCUUCAAAAGUGAAAAUGUGUGCCUAAAUGAAUAACUAAGCAACGUGUUCAGAGCUUCUCAAGGCUGACCUGAAAUUCAUUUUGUAUUGGAGCAGUUCUUCAGUUGUAUCGCACCUUUCUCUGAAAGCUUAUGUUUAAUUAAGAAAAAAAAAAUAGAAAA